ACUUCCUUGGCAUUUACUAUCUCGCUGUGCGUUUGUGACGUUUGUGUUCCUUCAACUGAAGCUGCCAAAAGUAAGUACAUAUAAUUGAUAUUUCUAAAGUUAAUGGGUGUUGUUUCUAUUGUUCAUCAAAACUUAUACCUCUACUUGUUCAAAAUACACUAGUACUGUUAUCCCGGGGACUGUCAGCAAAACGUUCUUCUGCGUUGGUUAAGCUAAUAAGCUCUGUGAUAUGCCUCAGGUUUUUUAGUUAACCUGUCUCAGGUUGCUGAAACCUGGGCGAUGAUUUAACGUAGCUAUGUACCAAAGAAGGGUUCAAAUCAAGAUAUCUAAGUCUUUUGGCACAACGAUCGACGUGUGUUGAAUAUUAGCUGUCCUUGCUUAGACUAUUGCUGACUAAACGUCUUAAACCUGACACUCUGGAACAUUACAUUUACCUUUACGAGUAUUAGGUCGGUAAAUCGUUAAGAUAUCACACCAACAUUAACCGUAAAACUAAAAACAAACAAAUAUAUAAAUGAAUAAAAUAAGUAAAUGAAUAAAAUACAGAUAUAUUGGUAUAUAAAAUAAUGAUGUAAAGGUUAAAUAAAGAAAACUAUAUAAACUAUAUAUAUAUCGAUUAUUUAAGAAAAGCUGAUAACCUAUAUUUAAAAGUUUCUAAGGAGGUUGAUAAAACAAUGGCCUCAGGGAGGCAGUUCCAGUCCGCUAUACUUUUUGGAAAAAACGAAAAUUUAAAACCGUCUUUAUUUGCAUAUGGCACGCGAAAUUUAAGUUGAUGGCUUCCCCUCGUGCGACUCUCGGAGUGUUGAAUUAAAUAUUUUCGGCUAUCUAUAUCAAUAAGACCAUGAGUUAGUUUAUACAUAAUAAGUGUUAACCUAAACUGCCUUCUUCUCGUUACCAGCGUGCCCUCCCCGGGGGGUACUCCUAAGAAUUCUUGGUGGGGGUGUGCAGCCCGGUUUUUCAAAUCCUAACCCGAUUUCAGACCAAAAAAAAUGUAAUUUUCCACACCCGUUUUCAGACUAGACCUUCAAAAUCCAUACACGUUUUCAGACCUGGCUUUUAGGAAGAAAUUAUAAUAUCAUUACUUAGAUUAUAGCGCAAACAAAACAAAUCUUCAAAUCCAUUUCGAAUUCGCAUAUUUCUCAGUCUUAUUCAUAUGGAAUUGAAACGAUAAAUAUAUUCACACUCCGUAGUUCCCUCGAAAACCAGAGCCGAUUUCAGACCAAAAAGGGCAAAGUGUACACCCGUUUUUAGACCAAAAAGGCGCAAAAACCCUACCUGAUGUCGCGGCACAUAUAUACCUAUAUGGCUUAUAUAAGGGAGUGCCCCCCCGGGCGUGGCCUACCCUAAGUCUUUAAUCAUGUCCGUAACACUUGCUUUCUGUGAGCAGAACGUGCUGCCUUACGUUGAAUACUGCACUGAUAUCUUUCUUUAAAAACUGGUCCCAAGGCGCACUUGCAUACCGUAAAAUUCCGAAAAUAAGCCCCUCCAUGUUAAAGCCCCUCCAAAUAUAAGCCCCCAAACCUGUUACGCAAAUAACCCUCUGUUAAAUCGCCCCUCCAAAUAUAAGCCCCCCGGGGUUGUACUUGGAAAAUUGCCCUCAGAUACAAAGUAAAACGGUAAAUUUACUUCCAACUAUAAGGCUAGCCCAAUCGAUUUUGAAACGCAAAUUUCUCUCUGUAGAUAAGCCCCUCCGAAUAUAAGCCACUCCAAAAAUAAGCCUCAAAAAGGGCCUUUGAAAAAUAUAAGCCCCGGGGCUUAUUUUCGGAAUUUUACGGUCUUCCAGCUUCGGUCGUACUAUGGAUGUAUAUGCAACAACAACAACAACAACAAUAAGCUUUAUUUGCAUGACCAUAACAAAGUAUUACAGUAUUGCAAAAGCUACUUGAAAUUACUCAUUGAUUCCUUGUAAAUUAAAUAUUUAAAAUAAUUUGAAACUUAUUAAUCAUUGUUUAUUUCUAACCAUCAGUAGGAUUAAUUAUUCCGGAGAUAAGUUUGUCUCUCAAUUCAAAGCAAGUUGAUAUAAAUGAAAUUAAUUGGAUGUUAAUAAAAUAGUCAGUAGAAUUCAUCAGAUGUGAUAAUAGGGACUCAUGUGAUUGUAGUCGUAGAAACGGUAUUUUAGGUUCUAGUUUAGAGAAGAACAUAUCUCUUAUCGAAGAGAAACUUGGACAAUCUACUAAAAAGUGAGUUUCGUCUUCAAUUCUGUUACAAUUGCAAUCAUAGGCGUCCCAAGGUCACGUUAAGAGUGUGUUAUGUAAAUUAACUUUCUCACAAGAGAGUCGGUGUCGCGUUACAAGCAACCGUUGAGACUUUGUUUGAGAAAUAAAAUACAGUGAAACCUCUAUUCAGUCUAUUAAGCGGACGCCUUCGGGACCUUCACAAGUGUCCACUUAAGAGGGUAUCCGCUUAAGAGUGGUUGUCAGAGAAAACCGGGCAAAAUGUUAAAAAUGUCAACGGAAGGGGGUCAACAGAAUAAGUUCAUACUAACAUCAUAGAUAGGUCUGGUGGAGUAAUGGACAAAUAUAAUAAACAUAGGUUCUUCACUGCUCUUGUAUUAGAGAUACGAGCAUCACUCUAUUCAACCCCCUCGGACGCCAUUUUUAUAAGCAAAUUUUCACCAUUUUCUGAAACUCACAGAACCCUCAAAAUUUAACGAGCGAAGUUUAUUUUUUGUAUGCGAUACAACACAUCAUAGAACUACUUUCUAAAAUCAUAAGAUUUGUUAAGCAGCCACGGACAAGACUAAAAUUUUCUUAUUUUAUCUGACCUAAACUCAGUGUCUGCAAACGAGCAAAAAAUCGGGCAUUUUUGAAUUGAUCUACAGCGCACAACUAAAACGACAGAACAACUCUGACAGCCAAAUUGAAGUCUACUAUCAUCCAUGUAACCAAAACACUAAUAAUCAUUUUGGGCCAUUGAAACAGGAAGAAAUUAGAAAACUCACAUUUGUUAUAGUUUCCAAGCUUUUUCUUGCAAACAGGCCGAUCCCUUCGUGUUUGUUUUAAGUCCUCUUCGUGAAUUUUCUUCCAUAUUUCGCUGUAAAGUAUGUUCAGCAGCUGGAGAAAAUAUCAAAAAGCUCGAAAUACUGCCUAGGUUACACGUUCCAAGGGCAAAAAGUACUGAACAACAGGAUGAAACUAGCCUGCGUAGCAGGCGUUUCCAAUCGAGUUAUUGCGCGAAAGUUAGAGCGGAAGCAAAAAAAAGGUUGAAGGGGGAGGGGAAGGGGAGAAGAGGAAACGCUUGCCCGCAAACCCCACGAUUCUGGAAAACGCCCCUUGAUAUUUCACGGUUCGGUUCAUUUGUAAAUUGACAGCUCGUCAAAAUAGAAGCAUAACGAACAGAUUACCUCUGGAUUACCAGAUUUGUAAAAUUGCUUCGUUCUCUAAUAGAACACGUUGCAGGCGAUUGCAAGAACUGUAAUAAAAAAGAUUUACGAUAAAAGAAAGUUAAAACUAUGAGCGAUUGCUGCGGAAUUUCUUGUUUUUUUAUUGUGUGGCUUUAUCUCGUCUGAAACCUUGUCGACACGUCAAAAAUGAUUUGUCCGGAACAAUUCACUCGCCGGGUAUAAGUUUUGCAGAGCGGCUGCUCUUCAGCCUGUGUCGAAACGUUCUCUACAAUAGAUGCCGCUAAAUUUCAAAUAAACAAAAAGAAUCUUUUCAUUUCAAAAAGCUGACAAAUCGCUUGUCCAUGGCGGCUUUAGCUAUUGUCGAGUACCGAUGUUCUGUUUUAUGUUGAUAUUAUCUCCAACAAACAGUCCAUUUUUUCCAGUCAGAUCCACACGCCGUCAUUCUCAAGAAAUUGGCCUUCCCUAGUCUCCACUGCUCGAUCUCCAAUUAUACUUUAAAGACUCUGAUCUCAUAAACCUUCGCACAAACACGAUUUCAAUAAAUAUCAGUCCAAAGCAUUUGUAAUCUGCGACCACAAAUCGGAUGAGACCAGAUCUGUGACGCACGAAAACAAAGCAUACCUGGUUUGAUUGAUGUUUCGAAUGCUAAGUAAUCAACACUACCCGCACCGCGCCAAUCAGAAGCUGCGUUCGUGGGCGAACGCAGUUUUUCAAAAUCGUGGGGUUUGCGGGCAAGCGGUUCCUUCGUUCCCCUCCCCCUUCCCCGUCAUUCAUUUUUUUUUGCUCUUGUCCCAGCUUUCUAGACGAACCUCGCGAGGAAACGCUUGCGACGCAGGCUAGGGUGAAACUAGAAAAUAACAAAGCGACGCCAUCUUGAAAAUUCAGCACUCAGGAGGGACUGACACUAGUAGCUGCCUUGUCCACAACGUGAUGAAUUACCAAAUAGAUAAAAAACAAAAACAAACAAACAAACCGGCUUAUCAGUUACCUACUACAGUCCUAUUUCUUCUUCAAUCACUACUUUUAGUUAAAUUUAGCGUUUUUUGUGUUGUCGGUCUUUUUUGGGGGGCGAAGUGAUAGGGUUUGGGGAAGGUGACCAAUUGGCAGUACUUUAUUCAGUCUUCAUUUACUCUUCAUUCACUUCUUUUGAGUUAUCCAGUAUAAGUCUUUCUUUGGAAUCUUUAUUUUAUCAUCUAUUUUUGCGUCAGUCUUCAAUCACCGUCCAUGUCCGAAGGUUCCCUCAUCUCCUGUUCAUGAUUUCAUGAUGCACAGUUUCAUAGUCCGGAAGGCUUCGCCCGAAGGGUACCUCUUUCAAGCAUCAGGUGUAACAAAGGGUAGGAAAAAAUCACAAGUUGAAGUAUGUGAAAGGAGAGGAAAAUCUUUCAUUAAGUAUUUUAAAGGGCCUUUUAUCAAAUGCUUCGAAGAAACACGCCUUAUGGCAAUAUCAUUUACAUGUUAAUUCAGUUAAAGGUUAUACGAAAAUGGCCCGAAGACCUCCUUUCUUACCGAUUUAUUCUCACGAAGCAUAUGUAUGAAAAGGGUGCAACUUUUCAAUGGAAGAUACACGAAAGGAUUACCUUUUCUCAAACAUAGUAUAUAUAAGGGUAAGGGACUGGACCUCGGGGCGAAACCUCUCCGAACAAUGCUUUAUUGAGUAGCCUCCCACCCCCCUCCCCUUCUCACUGGGGCUUUCCACAAGUUGCUCGGCAACUUUUUGGCAACGUCUAGUAUUUCGAGCAACUUUUUGCGUUUCAAGCAACUUUUUACAUAAUUGCUGAGCAAUUUCUCUAACUAGUUUUUUUUUUCCAAUUCUGAGAUAUGUGAGCAGCUCUUAGCGCUUAAAUUAGCCUUGCUUCCAUAUUGCACACUGUUUUAGUAGACAAUUUAUGAAUUUCCCUAUCAAAAAGGAGCCAGAUCCUCGCCCCUUGGGGGCAGAUGAUGGGCGCAAGAUGUAGCCGGGCUGCAAGGUCAGAGGUUUUUUUGAACAAAAAGGCAAAAUGGGGGACUUCGAUUCACACUUGACUGACACGAGUGUCUGAGGUGAAGAAGGUCAUUCAACAAUUUUAAUGGCUCAUACUAGAAUUUUUACAAGAUCAAUAUUAAUAUUGAUGUGUAGUCUUUACUCAUACAUGGUUUACGGGCUCCUGAUGGCGGACAGACUUAUCUAGCAACGCUGCGAAAUAGCACAAAAUUACGUUUUUAUACUCUACCAGGAGCCAUAUUUAUCUAAAUCGGGGUAGUAGACCGUAACUGGAUACCUUUUCCAGGGAUGGGGUUGACUUCAUCGAAAUAUCAGGGGCACCCAACGAGAAGAUAGUUCAAAACCACCUAAACAUAGCAUUGUUAAACGCAUUUUAGUAUUUAAACGGUAGACAUAGGCAUAUUUUUAUCCCGUAGAAAGUUUUCAUCUGUUCGGAUUUCGUAGCUGAAAGUUUACUGAUUCGAAAAUUAUAGGGAUCAAAACUUACCUUUUCGAAAAUUUCAGCCAGAAGAAAGGCUCCCGAAAAUUCUAGGUGACUUUUUAAGGGUAAAAAUCCGUUAAAAAUGGGCAAUUAUACCAUUUUUUACAUGUUCGAAAAUCAUAGGAGAGGCAGGCAAGCAAGGAAUUUUACAAUGAAACGUCCCGAAAAUUCUAAAUCGCAAAUCGUUUUCCGAACAGAUAUUUUCCGAAAAUUGUCGUUGGUUGCCCCUGAAAUAUAUAUCAUAGCCAUUAAAUGUGCUAAUUUUAGCACAUUUUGUGCCAUCUCGUAUGAUUCGCGCGCGCACUUUUUGCAACAGCGCCGUUGAAAAGAUUAACAAACAAAAUGGUGUUGGAAAUUAUCUCCUUAGGAGAUGAAUAAAUUCCAUUUCUGUCAUCAUUGCGUCCUCUGAAUUUAAGGCAAGACCUCGACAAUGUCUCUAAAUGUGAGGACUGCUUAUGUUAAACAACGUAGUGAGAGUGUUUUUGACAAAUCCAGUGACGAAGAGAUGUAGGAGAUGUCAAUUCUUUCCCAACUACACUAGUAAACUAAAAGGAACCUAGUGGCUGUAAACGUCCAGGUGUACGACUUCUAUCAAUGAUCAACACAAUAUGAUGGAAAAGGUACCAACUCUAGUUAACACUCAGACCCCUUUUACAAAUUUUUGAACGGCCAAAAACUUGCAGGGAUCCGCCUUUUCUUUACAUGCGACCGGCGGAACCGUGAAGUUUUUGAGCUGCAAACAGUACCGCAAUCUGUAAGAGAAUUUGCGCGUUCUCUCUAAACGUGGCGUUUAUCUUGUGUGGACUGUGCAAAGAGCAUUCUGAAAAAGAAGUGAGCAGGAAAAACAAUGAGGGGAAGGGGUGCGGAGUGAGAGUCGUAAAAACCCCUUUAAUGGUACUUUUUAACAAAAGCUCCUUCCGGAUCCUUCCGGUAUACCGGGUUCUGGUAAACGCUAUGAAUGGUUUAUUUUGACAGCUCUUGUCAACAUUCGAAGGUCUAUUACCUUAUGGAAAUGCGAAGUGACAGCGAUGGGAUCAUCAGUUAAAAGGCUUACCUUCAAAAAAGUACUUCGUCCACUGGCUCUCUUGGCCGCUUCGCGGCCUAAAAUGCCCGCUCCGCAGAACUGAUUCAACUGCAUGUACUAUGUUUAUUUUAAUAAACAGUUGGUAAUAAAAAUUAUUACAAAUUUUACAGCGAGCAAUAUCCACUGCCCGCAGUUAGCCCGCACGCUUCGAAACUCGCGAGGUUGAUACAUAGCAAGUCUAGCUAGCUCGCAUGAGAGCGAAGUUAAGUGAUUCAUAAAGGGACAAAAUAGAUCUUUAAUAUUAUCUACAUCCACGGGACACCUCUAAAUGAGGAGGGAAUGAAGCAAUGCCAGUUAAUCACCAAUUAACCUGCGAUCAGGCGUUCUUCUAAAGCUAAAUUCAACUAAAAGAAGUAAUUGACGAAGAAAUAAGACUGGAGUAGGUCGCUGAUAAGCUGGUUUGUUUGUUUUUUGUUUUUUAUCUUAUUGGUAAUCAGGAGCCCAUAGGCUCCUGGUAAUAGUUCGUAAUAGCCCACGUUCGAUAAAGAAAAAUUCUAACAUGAGUCCGAGGCUUUCUGGUUACAUUUCUAUAUUAGGUUUGGUUUUCUAUGUGCUCGUGUAAAAUUGGCAAUUUUUGUCCGUGUUAGAUAUCGAACGCAGCUACUAGUGCCAGUCCCUCCUGAGUGCUGAAUUUUCAAGAUGGCGUCGCUUUGUUAUUUUCUAGUUUCAUCCUAUCGUUCAGCACUUUUUACCCUUUGAACAAGUAACCUUUGAGACCACCACCCCCCCCGCUAUCUCAGGGUCUGGAUGACCGUCCGCCCCCAUCCCCUAAUCUGAAGGUCUGGUUGGUGGAUAAGUUUUAACGAUUAUUAGACUUAAGCAUGACUCUGACCGGUCGAGAUGACUAUUCUUUAGUUUGUAAUGAUUCAAUAAUGUCUCCGUCGGAUAUGAUCAACUUGUCACGGCUAGCAUCCACUACUAUUUUUCAUGACUGAUUUAAAAUUCUAUUCCAUGUAAAGACCUAAGACCUAAGAUCUAAGACCCAAGACCUCAUACACAUUAUUUUUAUGGUGAAUUGUUGCGGCUUACCCAAUAUUUUGUUUCCUGUGUCCAAGUUCGCUUUUAUUAUUUACUGCGUCUCAUUUUCACCUUGCUGGCCGCUAGCAUUUCUCAUUUUCUCACCGCCGCUUUGAAUUUCCAUGUUUUUCUUCCUACGAAAUUCGGCUCCUUUGUUUUUAAUAACUCGCUCUAGCUCUUUCUCUGUUAUCCACGUUAGUGUAAACAUAAAAAAAAAAAAUAACGCCGAAAAAGACACGACUUUGUUGUUGUUUUUUGUUUCUAAAAGUCCGGGCGGCCUUGUGAUUUACUUCCAAAUAAAACCUUGAGUUGCAUUUGAGUUGCUAUACCUGUUGAUUGAGUUAUUUUACAUUGGUAUGCCUGUGGUGCGGACGGACGGUCGCUCGCUCGGUGUACGGUCACGUGAUUACUAAAUUUUUUCGGAUGGGUAGAUUACCACCAGGGCUGAUAAAGGUUGGGCCCAACAUUUAUCCGCCCUGAUUACCACAGAAGCGCCGCGCGUGGAGCUCCGCUAUUAGAAAGACAGAAUAAAGUCACGCAGCAAAGUCAAGUUCCUUCUCAAGAAUACUCAAGUUAGACAGUGUAAGUUUGGUCCUCACUACACUGGAAACUUUGAGAAGCAUGCUGCAGGGAUGCUACUGCUGAACUAAGAAAAACCUUUCCUUGUUUUUGAGUUGAACAAGGGGUCUUAACACCUUCCCUUCCGUUGUGUUUUAAACGUCAUAGUUUUCAAGAUUUGAAGGGGGUCUUAGGUCUUAGUUUUCAGAUUUGGAGGGGGUCUUAGGUCUUAGUUUUCAGAUUUGGAGGGGGCCUUAGGUCUUAGUUUUCAGAUUCGGAGGGGGUCUUAGGUCUUAGUUUUCGAGAUUUGGAAGGAGCCUUAGGUCUUAGUUUUCGAGAUUUGGAGGGGGUCUUAGGUCUUAGUUUUCGAGCAAACUCUGCAAUUGUAACAGAAUUGAAGAUGAAACUCACUUUUUAUUAGAUUGUCCAAGUUUUUGUUCGAUAAGAGAUAUGUUCAUCUCUAAACUAGAACCUAAAAUACCGUUUCUGCGACUACAAUCACAUGAGCCCUUAUUAUCACAUCUGAUGAAUUCUACUGACUAUUUCGUUAACAUCCAAUUAAUUUCAUUUAUAUCAACUUGCUUUGAAUUGAGAGACAAACUUACCUCAGGAAUAAUUAAUCCUACUGAUGGUUAGAAAAAAACAAUGAUUAAUAAGUUUCAAAUUAUUUUAAAUAUUUAAUUUACAAGGAAUCAAUGAGUAAUUUCAAGUAGCUUUUGCAAUACUGUAAUACUUUGUUAUGGUCAUGCAAAUAAAGCUUAUUGGGGCCUUAGGUCUUAGUUUUCAGAUUUGGAGGGGGUCUUAGGUCUUAGGUUUCAGAUUUGGAGGUUGUCUUAGGUCUUAGUUUUCGAGAUUUGGGGGGGGGGUUAGGUCUUAGUUUUCAGAUUUGGACGGGGUCUUAGGUCUUAUUUUUCAGAUUUGAAGGGGGUCUUAGGUGUUAGUUUUCAGAUUUGGAGGGGAUCUUAGGUGUUAGUUUUCGAGAUUUGGAGGGGGACUUAGGUCUUAGUUUUCAGAUUUGGAGGGGGUCUUAGGGCUUAGUUUUCAGAUUUGGAGAGGGUGUUAGGUCUUAGGUCUUAGUUUUCAGAUUUGGAGGUUGUCUUAGGUCUUAGUUUUCGAGAUUUGGGGGGGUCUUAGGUCUUAGUUUUCAGAUUUGUACGGGGCCUUAGGUCUUAGUUUUCGAGAUUUGGAAGGGGCCUUAGGUCUUAGUUUUUGAGAUUUGGAGGGAAUCUUAGGUAUUAGUUUUCAGAUUUGGAGGGGGUCUUAGGUCUUAGUUUUCAGAUUUGGAGGGGGUCUUAGGUCUUAUUUUUCAGAUUUGAAGGGGGUCUUAGGGCUUAGUUGUCGAGAUUUAGAAGAGGCCUUAGGUCUUAGUUUUCGAGAUUUGGCGGGGUGGGGGUCUUAGGUCUUAGUUUUCAGAUUUGUAAGGGGCCUUAGGUCUUAGUUUUCAGAUUUGGAAGGAGUCUUAGGUCUCAGUUUUCGAGAUUUGGAGGGGGCCUUGGGUCUUAGUUUUCAGAUUUGGAAGGGGUCUUAGGUCUUAGUUUUCGCGAUUUGGAAGGGGCCUUAGGUCUUAGUUUUCGAGAUUUGGAGGGGGUCUUAGUUCUUAGUUUUCAGAUUUGGAGGGGGUCUUAGGUGUUAGUUUUCGAGAUUUCGAGGGGGUCUUAGGUCUUAGUUUUCGAGAUUUGGAGUGGGUCUUAGUUCUUAGUUUUCAGAUUUGGAGGGGGUCUUAGGUGUUAGUUUUCGAGAUUUCGAGGGGGUCUUAGGUCUUAGUUUUCGAGAUUUGGAGGGGACUUAGGUCUUACUUUUCAGAUUUGGAGGGGGUCUUAGGUGUUAGUUUUCGAGAUUUGGAGGGGACUUAGGUCUUAGUUUUCAGAUUUGGGGGUGGGGUUUAGGUCUUAGUUUUCAGAUUUGGACGGGGUCUUAGGUCUUAGGUUUCAGAUUUGGAGGUUGUCUUAGGUCUUAGUUUUCAGAUUUGGGGGGGGUGGGGUUUAGGUCUUAGUUUUCAGAUUUGGACGGGGUCUUAGGUCUUUUUUUUCAGAUUUGAAGGGGGUCUUAGGGCUUAGUUUUCAGACUUGUAAGGGGCCUUAGGUCUUAGUUUUCAGAUUUAGAAGGAGUCUUAGGUCUCAGUUUUCGAGAUUUGGAAGGGGCCUUAGGUCUUAGUUUUCAGAUUUGAAAGGAGUCUUAGGUCUCAGUUUUCGAGAUUUGGAAGGGAACUUAGGUCUUAGUUUUCAGAUUUGGAAGGGGUCUUAGGUCUUAGUUUUUGAGAUUUGGAAGGGGCUUUAGGUCUUAGUUUUCGAGAUUUGGAGGGGGUCUUAAGUAUUAGUUUUCAGAUUUGGAGGGCGUCUUAGGUCUCAGUUUUCAGAAUUGGAGGGGGUCUUAGGUCUUAGUUUUCUAGAUUUGGAGGGGGUCUUAGGUCUUAGUUUUCAGAUUUGGAGGGGUCUUAGGUCUUAGUUUUCAGAUUGGGGGGGGGGUUUAGGUCUUAGUUUUCAGAUUUAGAGAAGGUCUUAAGUCUUAGUUUUCAGAUUUGGAGGGGGUCUUAGGUCUUAGUUGUCGAAAUUGUGAAGGGGUCUUGGGUCUUAGUGUUCGAGAUUUGGAGGGGGACUUAGGUCUUAGUUUUCAGAUUUGGAGGGGGCCUUAGGUGUUAGUUUUCGAGAUUUCGAGGGGGUCUUAGGUCUUAGUUUUCGAGAUUUGGAGGGGGACUUAGGUCUUAGUUUGCAGAUUUGCAGGGAGUCUUAGGUCUUAGUUGUCGAGAUUUGGAAGGGGCCUUAGGUCUUAGUUUUCGAGAUUUUAGGGGGGUCUUAGGUGUUAGUUUUCAGAUUUGUAAGGGGCCUUAGGUCUUAGUUUUCAGAUUUGGAAGGGGUCUUAGGUCUUAGUUUUCGAGAUUUGGAAGGGGCCUUAGGUCUUAGUUUUCAGAUUUGGAAGGGGUCUUAGGUCUUAGUUUUCGAGAUUUGGAAGGGGCCUUAGGUCUUAGUUUUCGAGAUUUGGGGGGGUCUUAGGUCUUAGUUUGCAGAUUUGGAGGGGGUCUUAGGUCUUAGUUUGCAGAUUUGGAGGGGGUCUUAGGUCUUAGUUUUCAGAUUUGGCGGGGGUGGGGCGGUUUAGGUCUUAGUUUUCAGAUUUGGAGGGGGUCUUAGGUCUUAGUUUUCAGAUUUGGAGGGGGUCUUAGGUCUUAGUUGUCGAGAUUUGGUAGGGGCCUUAGGUCUUAGUUUGCGAGAUUUGGAAGGGGCCUUAGGUCUUAGUUUUCGAGAUUUGGAGGGGGUCUUAGGUCUUAGUUUUCGAGAUUUGGAGGGGGUCUUAGGUCUUAGUUUUCGAGAUUUGGAAGGGGGCUUAGGUCUUAGUUUUCAGAUUUGGAGGGGGUCUUAGGUCUUACUUUUCGAGACACCCGUGUUAUUCAUGCCACCCUUAUUUCAAGCAGAUAAAAUGUUACGUAAAUGUUUAAACAAAUAGGUUUUGAAGCUUUUCGAAUUCCUACGGUGAACAGCCGAGUGACGAUAAAUAAUAUUGAGGAGAAGAUCAGUACAGGAUUGUUAUAUAUUUUAAUUGCUGUUUAACACAAUUGAAAUGGCAGAAUACCAGUACCGUCUAUUCAGUAAGUAAAAUCCAACUAGUGGUCUAUAAUCAAUGCUGCGUUCUGAUUGGUUGAGCUACUACCAGCUUAUAUGUUAUAGCCCACUGGUAGCGACUAGCGCCGGCUUUGGAAACCAAAACAAUGGCGCCUGAAUCGCGUUUCGCUGACUAAAGUUGUUUUAAUUUGUCUCGAUAUUUUUGAUCAGUCGAGCCACCUUAAAAGGGGAUGAAGUUGUUUACAGUGUAUGUGACUUAAUCCAGUCAGUUGGAUUUUACUAAAACAAUUAUUCCUCUCGUCCUUAUGGCCUCUGAGUCAAUAGCCCUGAUUCGGCCGAACUCAGAGCCCAUUUGGGCUAGGGGAAUAAUUGUCAGUAUCAUUGACAACAUGAGAUUAUGGCCGCACGCAUGAAUUUAAUUGACUAGUACAUUAAGAAAAUACCCCUCAGGUCUUUCUAGCGUGUUUACAGGACGGAUACAACGGUACUGAAAUUCAUAUCUUGCUAACAGUUAAUAAGCAAAGUGUGAAAUUUUUCCUCAAAACUUACCAGCUUGAUUUUUGGGUUUAAUUCGGAACACAGUUCAGAGCAGUUCAGAACACAGUUCACCAACAACCCGUGAACGGUAGACCUUUUAUUAAGUUUCUUUUUUAAAGAGUUAGACAAUCAUUUUCUCUUCUUUUUUACUUAGUUCUUAGAAUUUUUCUUAGAAUUUUUGCUGUUUAAGUCAUUUCUGACAACUUAAACCUCGCUUGCAUUUUUUGUAUCUUAACAGUCAGCGCUUGAACUGAACUGUUAAGGACCGGAGAUACCAGUGCAGACCGAGAUCUUCACUAAAAGGAGUACUCAACAUGUCUUCACUAAUAACUGCUGUAUUUAAAGCCACUAUCGGCCUGCUGGUGAAUAAAGGAAGAGAUAAACUGGCAGAAAAGUUGAAUGAGGGUGAUGUUACGGAUCAGAAAUUCCGUGGCUUGAUCGUCCGUGAAAUCGAUGAAAUAAAAUCGAUUUUGCAUGGUUUAGCAAGAAAGGAUUUGCUAGCGAGUAUCAGCCUUUUUAAGGAAGGGAUUGAGUUGUUGUAUGAGGUAUUUGAAAGUGCCAGGUCCAGUAGCGAGCAUCGCGCGAUAACAGCAGCUGCAACAGUUGGUGCUAAGCAAUUCGAUAUUGCUAAAGAAAUAAGGAAAUUGGAACUUUCUUCCCUGGAUGAGUCCGCCACGAGGAAACUUGGGAGAGCGAAGAAGAGAUUUGAAGAAGCUCGUCUUGAAGCAAUAAGAGCUUUUAGUAAUGAAGCUUUGGAAUUGUCUGAUCGUCUGUUAGCUGUGCAAUAUCGACUGAUGGCGACAAUACUGGAGACGGUUGACAAUCCUACCGACGCAUUAGCGGGUUGUAGAGUCUGCCUUGACGAGUUACACCAAGUGCCAGCUGUUAAAGAAUAUUUCAAAGUUGAGUUGGAGGAAGGGUUGAGGGCUCUUUUUAACAAAGACGAAAGAAGGCAAAUAAUUUUUUCUGUCUGUCACGCUAAUCGUGUGAUCUAUGAUGUAAUGAACAUGCUCGGUAGUGUAAAAAGAUGGACGUUGCCUUAUGUUGAAACUGGGAAAGAGAAAGUGGAUCCGCUCCGCGACGAAAGAGUUGUUAAAGCGUUGAAAAAACAAGGUAACGAGCACUGCUGUUUACUAUGGUCUUUUUGUCAGGAGGGUGAAGAGAAGCACAAGCUGAAGUGGCCGUUUGGUAUCGCUACAAACACCAAAGGACAGUUCCUGGUGGUAGACGAUGGGGAUACAACCGUGAAGGUGUUUGAUAGCAACGGAAAGAUUGAUUUUAGGUUUAAUCCUCAAACUGAUGAUGCCGAUACAAUGUUAUUUGUGUUGGAUGUCGCCAUUGCCGACGAGGACGACCAAAUCUGUCUACUGGUCGGACUGCACAAGCCUGAGAAAUGGGAGAGUGGAUUGCAAAGGGAAGUGCAGGUUUUUAACAAGACCGCUGACCUACAGCACAAGUUUCCUGUGAGGAGGAGCGAGGACUGGCACAGACUAACAGUGAGCAGCGGCAAAAUUCUGCUGUUGGCAGAGAAGCUUGUUGAUGUUCACGGGCCGAGUGGCGAGCUCGUUUGUUGCUUUGGUGAGGGAGUGUUCAAGAGGGCAAUAGAUAUCACUGCUACUUGUGAUGGUCGCGUCAUGAUAGAGGACUUCGAGGAUGACAGUUUGUACUUAUUUGAUGUCGAGGGACGCCGGCUUGGCAAAUUUAAUAUCAAAUAUGAGAGAGAUGUCUAUUAUCGCAUUGCAUGUCGCCCGGCGACAAGUGAAGUCGUCCUUGCUGGUUUGGAACGAGAGACACGCCGCCUGACGCUGGCUAUAUACACUGUUAAUGGUGAAUUUGUUCGCAGAAUUCAGCUGGAUGAAAAAGUAGAGUUGUUGGGUUCUAUAGAGAGAAUAACAGUGACCGUGGAGGGUCACAUUGCUGUGGCUUUUGAUGACGGGGAUGGCAAAGUAAAGGUAAUAGUACUUCGUUAA